AUGUCCGCCGUUGUAGCCCCUGGCGGGAGGGCUGUUAGCGGGGUUGUUCUUAACGAAGCUGCUGCUGCUAGCGGGUCGGUUCUUAGCGGGGAUCUUCUGGCAGGCGGCGAUGCGGCCGCGGCGCCAGUGAUAGUGUUGGGGGAGGAGCAAGUGGUGGGGGUCGGAGAAACCGGAAAGAAGGUUCCUUUCUACCUGAGGGAGGCGAAGCCAGGAGUGAUCGAACUGUCUGCUGCCACUCUGCCUCACGUGCUGCGACUCAGGCCCACGCUCGUCAUGUUCUACGCGCCCUGGUGCCCCUACUGCCAGCGCAUGGAGGCGGCAUGGGCGGCCCUGGCGGAGAAGCUGCACCAGGAGAGCUUCAACGUGCAGGUGGGGUUGGGCUGGGAGUGGUGCAACCUGGUGCAGGUGAGUGGUAUGGCUCGGGUAGGCUGCUUGCUGCAGGCGGCGUGGGCGGCCCUCGUAGAGAAGCUGCACCAGGAGAGCUUCAACGUGCAGGUGAAGGGGUUGGGAGUGGUAUGGCUCGGCUGCUUGCUGGAGGCCGCAUGGACGGCUCUAGCAGAAAACCUGCAGCAGGGGAGCUUCAACGUGCAAGUGAGGGUGGGGGGUGUGGGGUGUGGGGGGCUGUGA